AUGGGCAGGAUUAGAGGCUUCCCGCCGGCUCUUCUCAUCCUGCUGGUCUUGCUCGUUCUGCUCCCCACCAAAGCCCACGCCUUUGGUGCUGGAAACAUUGCCUCGAUUUCUGCCAUCGAAGGCAAGAACUGGCGCCAUGGCGACAUCGAAGACACCAUCAAGGCGCUCGCCUUUAUCAAAGGCCACAAGUGGACAUCGGCCAUGAUCAAGCGCGUCUACUUUGGAAACUGGUUACGAGACUACUCCCAAGCAAUGGAUGUCGGCACCUUGAAGAACCUGCCCGCAGACACCAUUCGCAUUCUGGUCUGGAUCCUUUCCUUUAUGAGUUUCGGCUACGCGACGGCCGAGUACGAAGUGACGUCCGAGAGACUCGGCGUUUACCGUCCAGAGGAGCACAUCGACAACCCAAAGGACUACGCGGAUAACCAAGAUGCGAGGCAAUAUGACCCCCGACUACGUCCGCCUGUUCGCCAGAUCGAGCUUGAGAUCGAUCCGCACACGGGCAUGAAAAACUACAUCGCCAACGAAAGAGGAGAUUGGGCUACAAGCGCUGCCUACGUCAGAUACAGCCUGUCUCGUAGCAUCCACUACGGAAGGAUGUAUACGAGCGGAGGAUCUCGAAGGGGCAAAGAGGAAGACCUCUGUGAGGCCCUGAGAUGUCUUGGUCAGGGCCUUCACACUUUGGAGGACUUUGCAGCGCACACCAAUUAUUGCGAGUUGGCUUUGCGGGAAAUGGGAUUCCACAACGUCUUUCCGCACACCGGAAGCGCGACUCAGAUGAACAUCCGCGGACGCCAUGUUUUCCCCCUUGUCACGGGAACGUUUGGCGUGGUUGAUUUCUUGCACUCCGUUCUUGGAGAAGCUUCGGAUCACUUCACUCAAUCCGAGCUCAACGAGAUGGACAUCACGCUGGGCAAUGCUCAGUCCAACUCUUCUUCUAGCCCGUUCAACGCCCUGACAGGUCUGCUGGGGAACAUUCCGGGCACGAAGGAUCUCGUAACUGAGGCUGAAGAACUCAAACGUCGCUCUGACGAACAGGAAUAUGCGAAUCGAAGCCGCCACGUGCGUACGGGAUACGCAUCUUCGAGAGGCUUUGACGGCCAAUCGAGCCGUAGAUUUGAGCAUGAACACAGUCGCGCCCCGGGUGGAUACUAUGAACAGAGUCGGGUCUCGACACAAACUGCACCUCCGCCUCCGCCUCCGGCUACUGGUGGUGGCGCUUCUGGUCCAGGAUUGCCGGGACUACCAGAUUUUGAUCCGCAGCAGACAAUUCAACAGAUAUAUCCCAUUCUCCAAUUCAGGGAUAAAGUUGUUAGGACGGUCUCGUCGAUCAUCGAGAAGAUUCCCGGUCUGGAGGACCUCGUUGAGAAAAUUACAGAGGCAGUGACAGUUUAUGUCUUUUCUCUCCUCGCCCCGUUUAUCCGCCCGAUCAUCAACGCUGCGUCUCAAGCCCUGCAGACUGGAUCUGCCGGUGUCAUCGACGCAUCCGGCAAGCACCAAUAUGAACCCUGGACCGAUCCCACCUGCACGGAUCCGACGCACUCGCUGCUCUCAAAGGAUCACUUUGCCAACGUCCUGAACGAGCCCGCCGGUCACGUCGCCGCUGCCAUUGUCAAGUAUGUUGUUCCUCGCGUCUUGUACGCGUGGCAGCAUAUCGACGUACCCGUGGAACGGGUGAUGGACGAUUGUGUUCAAGUUUUCCAUCACCCGGCCCUGAAGGACAUGAAUAACGAGGCUCACCGGACGAUGUUCGAGGCCAUUCAGAAUUGGGUGAAUUCGCGACCCGACCGAGGUGCCAAUUUGAACGACAUUCUGAGUGCCGAAGGUGUCCGGGAGGGACGGAACCUAAAGGACAAAGACGCUCAGCAUCAGGGAGGCGGACACUCUCACGGUGGUGGAGGCUUUCCUGCUAUCAGCGCGGCGAGUAGCUGUGGUUAUGGUUCUUCACAUCAGCAGCAUCAACAGACCCAAAAUCAGUCUUCAUCUUCCUCGAGUGGAGUAGCCUCUGCGUUGGAUGAGCUCGGCAAGCUUUCUAUCCCAGGGAUAUCCCAGCUGAGCAAAUUGUCCAGUCUAAUCAUAAACGAUGACGACAAGCCAAGCGAGCGAACUGAUUUCAAUCCAGGCUAUCACUCAGAGCAGCACUAUGAACCACCUCCUCAUCCUCCGCCAGGAGACAGCUAUGGAGGAUACUCUCACCAUGCGCCGCCGCAACCGCAGUACGAGUCUGGAUUCAACAUCCCCCCGCCUUCGGGAUACGAGAGAUAUCACCAGAACAGACCAAGUGAAGGGGGAUGGCGGGAAUACCAGCCUCCGGAGCAUGGUUCCCACACCUACGAUUACUAUCAGCAGCCUCAGUACGGCCAGAGUCAUCAUAGCCGUGGUAGUAGUCAUAGUCAUAGUCACCAUGAACAUAGUAGCCAUGAACACAGCCACAGCCAUAGCCAUGGCCAUGGCCAUGGCCAUGAACAUGGACAUGGACAUGGACACAGCCACGAACACAGCCAUCACCAUCACGAGCGCAGACACGAAUACGACCAGGGAUAUGGUGGCUAUUACAAUUGA